UUGAGUUCUGUUUAUUGGCUAUAAAUAUAAAAAUAACCUAUAAAUGUGCUUAAUUUAAGUGUUACGUGAUAAAUUAAAUUAAAAACAAAAUGUUUUCUUCAAGAAUUUCAUCUUUACGUAAAGUAAACCAUAUAUUGAAAACAAAUAAGAUUAUAAGAUCGACAGCAGUUGUACAAAAUCAACAAAAACGUUUCAAAGCCGACUUGCAUGAACCUGAUUAUUUAAUAAGCAUGGAACCGGAUGAACCUGUGUAUGACUGUUUAAAUUUGCAGUUGAAAGGUUAUGAUUUUGCAGUGCUAGAAGCAUGCCAAGCUGAACUACAUCGUGUAGCUGAUAUAAUGGGUGUACAAGUUGAUGAAUGUUGGGCAACUCCUGCACAGCAAUUAAAAGUGCAACGCUAUAAACCAAGAGGCACUGUUGUGGACGCUGAGUACAGUCUUAAUGUUUAUGAAAGAAAUGUCCAGGUAGUGGAUGUACCAGCAUGGGCGUUGGGCACUUUACUUCGGAUAGCCAGAGCAUACUUACCAGAAGGCUGUACUUUGAAUGUCCAUGAACAUACUGUAGAUCAUGAGGAAAUUCGUUAUGUACCUGAUACUGAGCUCUUAGAUCUUAAACAACAACUGGAAGGCAUGGGUGGAAGCCGUCAAGAUAGUAAAAAGAAAAAAUAAAUUAAUUGCUUAAAUAAUUAUAAGUAGUAAAUAUAUUAUUAAUAGUUAUACAUAUAUAUUUUAUUAUAGUAGUAGUAACUUAUACUUAUUGAAAAUAAAAUUCCAUCUCUUACCCUGUUUUCUACACCCUAGUAGGUAAUUGGUAUAUUUUAUGUAUGUAUAUCUAUUCGCAUCUGUGCAUAUGAUAUUAUUUAUAUUUGAAUGCAUAUAAGUCACAUAUUUAUUCUUCAGAGAUCUUAGGACUACAAAUUCCCUUGUCCGUUGUUUAAAUAGAUAAUUUGACUCUUGUGGACUAAGGUAGACCCUUCUUUCUUGUCUCGGAAGAAAUGAUUGUGUAAAAACACAAAACAAUCUGUAUUUACAUCUAAUUUCAAGUUAAAUUAAAUGUAAUUUUUAAAAU